AUGGUACCCGUGGCACCAAACAACAGGGAAGCUCGGGAUGCCAUCCGUACCACCUGGGGGUCUGAGAAGAUGGUUAUGGACAAAGUGGUGAGCCUUUUCUUUGUGCUUGGUCAGCAUGGACCUGAAGGGAGAGAGGAGCUCCAGCAGAAGGUCUUGCAGGAGAGUGAGGAACACCAUGACAUCAUUCAGAGCGAUUUCCUGGACAGCUAUAAAAAUCUCACCAUCAAAACUAUGGUGAUUAUGGAAUGGCUGGCAGCCUACUGCCAAAAUGCCGUCUAUGCCAUGAAGAUCGACUCCGACAUGUUCCUAAACGUGAACACAUUAGUGAAUAUGCUUCACCAGGCACCCAGGGAGAAUUAUAUGACGGGACUUGUGGCCAAGGGUGCUAUCGUUCUCAGAAACCCCAACUCCAAAUGGUAUCUGCCAAAAAAUGAGUUUCCUGAAGACUUUUAUCCACCUUACGCUCUGGGCUUGGGCUACGUGCUCUCCUUGGACCUUCCAAACAAGCUCAUUGAAGGAGCAAAGCACGUCAAAGCUGUCUACAUUGAAGACGUAUUUUUAGGACUGUGCAUGCGACAUAUGAGAAUACCUUUCACCAGUCAGGCUGAUCAGGGCUUCUUCAACGUCUUCCCCGUUCCCUACGACCGCUGCCGUUACUCAAAACUCAUUGCUACAACAACACGUAGCCUACAGGAACAAGUUAACUCUUGGAAAGACCUUAAAAAACCAGGACCACCUUGUGGAUGA